CUGCGCUUGUCGCGUCGGCGUGCAUAGCACUAACAAAAAUAUUAUACUGACUAGGUCAUGGAAGAGCUCCGAUACCUUUUAAUGGCAAAGCGAAAGUCCAACUCCGUGGGUACCCAUUUUCUGACAGAAAGUCGCUACCAUCAAUGAUUCAGGGAAUCUUUUUCAUGUGCUUUGUUUUAGUUGAUAAUCAUCUACAUAGUGACGACCGGACGCUUCCCAGCACAGCCUGAAUACUUCAAAUAGACGAUGAUAUCAAAUGGAGACACAGGCCGUUCCAGUCCAUGAUGGGCUUCGCCUCCUGUUCAUCAUGCUACAGCGUGAGUAAAUUUAUGGCAUAUAACAUAGUCCACCGUGUUCCUCGAUGCGACUAACCAGAAAGUGCUUUGAGUUCCGGGUACCUGCAGUUCCAUUCGUGAUUUGCCAUGUCCACACAAGCACAGACGGCGUACUUUGCCUCCACGAGAUUGGUUCUGACAUCUUUUGCCCUCAUAGCGUACGACCAUGUUAUCACGUUGGAUCAAGAGACAACUUUCUUCUGGUCUGGUUCAUGGUCAGCGUCAAGAACACUAUAUUUCAGUAUCCGAUACUUGGCUCUGAUACAAGCUUGCCUUUCUCUGUACGGAAUGGCAGGACCGGUCAACACUCUCAGUUCUGCGGGAACAAACCUGUUCUUCAUUACGGGCUACGUCCUUUCAUUCAUGGUCUUGAUACUCUGUCAAUGUGUCGUGACAUUACGAGUGUGGCAUCUAUUCUUCCGGAGUUGCCUCAUUAGAUGGCUGGCGGUCACUGUUUUCGUCAUUUGCGCGGCAGGAACUAUAAUAAUGGGUGGCGUUGAGUUUAAUGCCAUCAAGAGUGCCCUGUAUGCACCGCCAGUUGAUGAGAUCCUGACGCAGCAGCCUCCAUUUGUGUUUGCCAUGUACCUGCCAUCCCUGGUUGUCCAUACGGUCAUGCUCUUACUGACGAUGUACCGCUUUCGCGUCAGCCCAAAAGUGUUGCAGCAACAUGGCAUCAUACACCGAUUCGUGAAAGAAGGGAUAAUUAUAUAUACAUUUGCGGCAGGAUCACUACUGUACGAAGUUAUCGGUCUUUCUAUGACUGAACCGAAGGAAAUAUCUGUAAGUUUUAUGACCUUAAUACAUCUAUUUCUAAGAAUAGCAGUAGCAACUAUAGCUGUUUCCGUCUGUCGUGCAAUGCUAAGCGUCAGGUCAUUGGCUGCAACUUAUCAUGUCGAUCCGGCAUGGUUGCUCAACUAUGCAGAACUCAGUCGUGUUCAAUGGAGGACAGGAGCCAAUGAAGGGGAAAUCUUCGUUGAAUCAAGCGACAUGGACGCACAUCCCCCUUUCAAUUCGCUGGAUGCACCUGCUGGGAGAACAGGAGGCGAAGGAGUUGUGUAAAAACUAAUUUCAUUUGUAUGUUUCGAACAUGAUCCCCUGGACUCAUCGUUUCAGCAAGUACCCGGACGUUCUAUCUCGAUAUCACGCUUGUGCUCAAAAUAAGAUAGUUUGGUUGAUGAUCAUCCCUCUCGUACUUGC